AACACAUUUGGAUUAUCGGAUGCAUUGCAAUUAGCGAUUUCAAGUGUAGCGGCACUAGUCGCUGGAAUGGUGGAGGUGUCAUGAGCACCGUGUGUACACUGCAUGAGACGCGACACAAUUAGAACACUCCCAUAUAAUUAUCGAUUAUAAUCUUCGUACGCUGGCACUGUAGCUUCGUUUAAUAUAAUGAGGGUGUUCUUGUUUUGUCCCUUCGCGUCGCUCGCUUGCAGUGUAAACGGGUGUUACAGCAUGUUGGCUCAUGUGUAGUUAGCAUUAGCCUUUAGCUUUAGUGAUGGGAAGUCCGACUCGUUUCCGCGAAUCGGUUCUUUUGAACAGUUCGUUUGAAAAAAAAAUGGGUAAAAUGAUUUAGAUGUUACGUACGCUGUCACGUAAUUGCGUCAUUUCGUGGUCGGUGUUUUAUCAAAAGUUCGAUAUUAAUAAAGUAAUGUUUUAUUUCAGCUGUUUCUUUUAAAAGCCGUAAAUGUUUAAAAAAGUAUAUUAUUUUACUAACGUUAACGGUUUUGCAUGUGCUGAUAAAGCUGCCAUACAAUAUAUACAACGUAUCUACAAUAUAUUUUAAGCGUAUUUUAAGUUUUAAGUCCUACUAUUUUAGCUUUAGGAUUAAAGUAAGGUUAAUUUUACGUUUCGGUUCACUUCAAAUGCUCCUACUUGUCAGUUGAUUGAUUCAAUCAGAUUCGUGGACGAAUCGUUCGAACUGGGUUUGUGAAGCGAUUCAAGAAAUCUAUUGAAAAGAUCCGAUUCAAAAGAACGAUUCGUUCACGAAUCGGACAUCGCUAAGAACCUUUUAAACGAGAAACACAGCGCGCCAGGAGUUACGACAAACCUUCCGACGUGUUAUUGUUUUGUUAAAACGGUUGUUAUGGUUUUAUUACAUACUAUUGUCGAGUAAUUUUCUGAUAUAGAUAAUUCUGGAAUGGCUUACGGAGGAAACGCAUGCUAGCUAGCGAAGUGACACAGGAAGUAGUUGAUCUAAAAUGGGAGACGAUCGACCUUUUGUCUGCACUGCCCCAGGCUGUGGACAGAGGUUCACCAACGAGGACCAUUUGGCAGUGCAUAAACAUAAGCAUGAGAUGACGCUGAAGUUCGGACAAGCUAGGACAGACACAGUUAUCAUAGCAGAUCAGACACCCACUCCCACCCGAUUUCUUAAGAACUGUGAGGAGGUGGGGUUGUUUAGUGAGCUGGCUGGCUCCUUUGAGCAAGAUCUCCGCAAAACACAGGAGGAAGAGGAAAGGAGAAUUAAGGGCACGCUUCCAGCUCUACAGACACCUACAGAGGUUAAAGAGAGGGAGGGGCCUCUUGAGAUUGACUCCUCCCCUCCUGACAGCCCUGACUCCGCCUCCAGCAUGACAAACAGCAAAGAUGCAGUUGCCAUGACAAAAGAGCCUAUUGCUUUGAGGAAAGCCAAGGAUGUUCCUCCACGAACUGCAGCGAGUUCCACCCCUACACCAACCAUAGUGCGCCCAGGCUCGCUCCCACUUCACCAAGGAUUCGACGCCAUGAACCCGACUCAGCCCUCUCCCACCUCUGUUAUCACUAGGACCCCUCCGUCAAACAGACUCAGCUCGCCGUCUGGUUCUUUUCCUAUGCUGAUGCAGCUUCCAAAUGGCCAGACUGUUCCUCUGCUGCCCAGUCCAGGGCAGACUUCAGUCAUAUCGCUUGCCAGAUCAUCAAACCCAGUGCCCAAUAUCCCAGGGAUUCCAGGCCCUCCUAUUGGUGGGAGCAGCAGUGGCUCCUCCUCUCCGUCUGGAUACAGUACACACUCUGAUGCCAAGACGAGGCUAAAAGCAGCACUAUCUCAGCCGAGUCCUAGUGGACCAGCACCAAUACAAAAAACUGAUCAGACUGAGACACCAUCACCUGCUCAACCACAGGUAUCCCCUGCUCCACCAAAAGGAGGACGCAGACGACGAGGAGCAGAUAUUGAGCCGGAUGAGCGCAGACGCCGUUUUCUUGAACGGAACAGAGCUGCUGCUUCCCGUUGCCGGCAAAAACGGAAAGUGUGGGUCAAUGCCCUGGAGAAGCGCGCUGAGGAGUUAGCGACUUCUAACGUCACGCUCACUAGUGAAGUGUCCCUGUUGAGGACUGAGGUGACGCGUCUGAAAGAGCUGCUGUUGGCCCAUAAAGACUGCCCUGUUACUGCCAUGCAGAAAAAAGCUUAUCUUGCUGCAGGAGUGGAUGAGAAUGCAGCAUCAGCGUUGGUGAUGCCCAUGUCGGUACCGGCGCCGGUGUCGGUUAACGGUCUGAGCGUGCGUGCGGCAGAGGCUGUUGCCGUUUUAGCGGGAAUGGGCUCGGGCCAGUGGAGUAACACAGCUGGAGAUGCUUCCUCCCAAUCGCAGCCCACAUCCAGAUGAUGAGCAUGUCCUUCAGCCAAUGGGAACUAAAUAUACUUUCAAAAGAGCGAAGCCCCCUUUCCCCCUCAAAACUGUCAGUCCUGGUGUGUUUGUAAAUGCUCUCAUGUGACAAAUGGGAACCAAUGUUACCACGCUCUGACCACACCCCGCUCACCCGUAGCCUAUCACAGACUCUCCCCAGGCUAAGUAGUGACAUCAUAGGACGCCCCUGUCAGACUGCACAGACUAGGAAGCACUGCAGUGGAAAUGAAGUCUCUUCAGUCAUCUCUAUAAAAUACACCUUUACAUAUACUUGUAUAGAUCUUCUCACUAAUGCAUUGAGUUGAUAUUUGUCUUGUUUGCAGAUAUUUCUAAUUAUUUUGCAUUUUAUUCAAUGGUUUUUCUAAUAUAAUGAUUCGUUGCAUGAUUCUGGCCACAAUAGAAAGAUGAUACUACACUAUGCAGAUAAGUUUAACACCUCCUUUCUCAGUCUCUCUUGGUGAUGCUAUCUCACACAUACUCGCUCUUUCCAUUUCUCCCUUCUCUUCUUCUCUGUCUUAAUUUUAUUGUCGUAUCUAAAGUAAUUUCUCUCAGGUCCGUGCUUCUGUGGCUGUUUUUGUGAAGAUCGUGUCUCACAUUUAGCGUAACCUGUCGCCGCAGAAUGGACUCGCAAACGCUUAAGAAUGGAGAGAAAAUAUAUUUUUAUAUUUGAAUAUCGUUAUUGGUUUGUCUGCAUUUUGCAAUAUAUAUAUGGAUAUAACGGGUAGCGUAACCACGUGGACAUGUUUUAGAUCAGUAUGAUUAUGAUAUGCUCUGCUGAAUUAUAGGUAUCUUUAACCAAAAUACAUAAAUCCUUUUGCAUUAGAGGUUAGGCCCCCAAAGUCGAAAUGCAUCUGGUCUCGUAACAGGGAACACGUGCACAAAAACUCACGCGUGAUGACUCUUGUGCUUGCAUUUUGUGAAUGUACAGUAGUUAACUAACCCGGCUAUGAAUGUGAAGUCUCGUUUCAAAAUUAUUGAAAUGCUUAAUAAUGAAUACGUUGGGUGUUAGAAUGGUGUUACAGAAAUAAAACAUUAUUUCUUUUUGGGGCCUGAAAGACACACACUUGGCCACCCUGAGUGAUUUUCAUCUGGUGCACACAACUAACACAUAACUUAUUAAGUUGUAUUCCAUUAAACCGUUCAUGCCUGAUCACUUUUUAAAAAAAAUAGAAUAAUGUUAGUUUAAGCUUGGCUUUUGUAUCAAAACUUGCUGGGGUUUUUUUUAAAUCUAAAUUUAAAUAUCUUUUUUUUUUUUUUUUGGAAGCCCAUUCUUGCCAUAUAAGAAGAAAAAAUCAUGACAUAAAAAGACAAAAUCAUGACAUAAAAGUAAUAGAUAAUUAUUUCAUGAAAGUCAUAAUUAUGACAUCAAAGGUCCAAAAUAAAUCUUGUUUAAAUAUCAUAUAGGCAUGAUUUUUAAUGUCAUUUUUAUGACCUUUUGUCAUUUGUUAUGAUUUACCAAAGCAUUUUUUCUUAUGUGGAGGAAAUUGGCAUUAAUUAGUUUUGAUCAAUGGCAUCAUUUUUCCUCUAAUAUCAUGUUUUGAUUAGAUUAUGUGUAGAUUAUCUAGGUGUUUUUUUUUUAUGAUCCAAUCUGCCAUAUCAGUUUUUGUCAUUGACCUUCCUUGCAUCUGGAUUUAUCCUAUUUGGAUGUAGAACGUACUGCUUUCCACAGUGUGUAUAACUCACUGAUCCCAAACUGUGUAAUGUGUAAGUGAAGCCCUUAAACUAGAGCUGUAAAUAUGAAAUGAGUGUCAGCGUACAAACAUUGCUUACUGUAUGAUAUUGACUAACUGAAACGGUCCUUAAGAUAUGUUACAAUUAAACAUUGUUGGAACUCUA